AUGAGCAUCGCACCGGUCUUACUGCAGGAAAGUGAUCCCUGGGGUAGAUGCGAUAAAGAUACUCCAAAACAGCAGGGCCAGAUAAUGAUUACGCCAUUAUUCACCGUCACGCAGGACGACGAGUUUCUCUAUGUGUCCGUCAAAGUCUCGCAUGUUCGAUUCUCGGCGUCUGCCAUCGAGAUGGUCGUUGACUCUGAGCUAUUCAUAUUCUCACUCAAUCCAUACUAUUUGAGACUCCGCUUUCCCUACCCACUUAUAGAUGAUGAGAGGGCGACGGCGACAUUCAAUUCGAAAGAGAGUUGUGUGGACGUGAAGUUGCCCAAGGAGAACCGUGGGCAGGAGUUCCCGGACUUGGAUCUUGCCGCCAAACUUCUAGCUAGGAAGGAAGAGCCCGGUCCCCAAACCGCAUCCAAACCACUUAUCGAGGAGCUCGAGAUUUCUCAGAAUGUCGAAGAUAAGUUUCAAAAUGUCACCGCCGACUUGGCUCAAGAGGGAGAAUCUCAUGACUGGGAGCUUCCACAGGCGGUCGCCGAGGAGCCUCAAACCACAAUCAGAUAUGGCUUCAACAACACUUACAAUACCAUAGUGGGUGUGUCACUUAGUAACGGAAACGACAUAAAUGAAUUGGGCAAUCCAGAAGCUGCGUUGCCCAACGAUCGUAUUGUGGAGCGUCUUAUCAAAGAGAACAUCAAGUUCGAUCCGGAGUUCUAUGCAGCCGACUACAUUAUGCACAAGCAUCCAUCCGAAGAUGACGAUAAAGACUUUGCGGCUGCUCUUGUCUGGAAGUCGCCAGUUACGCGCCAAUUCAUGGCUUGGUAUAAGGAACAGAGUCAAGCAAGCGCUGAGUCUAAACAACAGGUCGUUCCCCUCUCAUUCACCGAACAAGAGCAACAGCGAAUGCUCCAACUUCCAAGGAAAUCAUAUCUCAUCGAUGAAUCCUACAAGCCUCAGCUCUUUGUCCUCAUUUUGUCUGUAUUGUUCGCGUACAACUACGACAUGCGUGAAAACCAGGGCGAACACAACAUAGAAAGCGUUUGGACGGUUGGAAAGUUGAUUCCCCAAUUUGCUUUUCUCGAUUCUCAGCUCUUCGUGCCGGGAGAGAGUCACAAUUCCAUCUUGAAGUCAGCUGUCAUCACAGGUAUCAGACGAGCGCUCUGUUAUCCACUCUACAGACAGUACUCGAUAGCUAUAAAGGCCUGGAAUGAUGUAUAUUAUACUCUUCGAAGUGGAAAGCGUGUGGUUAUGAAGUGCUUGCUCGAAGCCCGAGAGCUUUUCCGGUACCAUGAUGUCUACUACGUCUACGAUAAGAUAUGGUUGGAAGACUUGUGUCUGUGGGUCUUGAGUGACUCGGUCUCCGAAGGAAGUCUCAGACAAGUAGCACAUGACUUGAAGAAGGAGAUAGAUGCUCUCCAGAAGACGGAGAUCACGUUUGAGAAGAUAGACGAUACCCAAUCCGGCGACGCUAUGAUGGUUCUAGACAUCGAAGAGAUUGAAGCCUUUGCUGACCAAUCUUAUGCCGAGUAUCUCGCACAAAACUGA